AUGGAGGCCAAUCCGAGGAGAGAAGGCAAGGAGCAUGUCAAGGCCACCACAUUAAGAAGUGGUAAAGAAGUUAACAAUAAUCCACAAGAAGUUGCACAACAAAACAAAUAUGUGGACAAGGCACUAGAGCAAAUGCCAUCUUAUGUAAAAUUCCUGAAAGACAUUCUAUCCAAGAAAAAGAGAUUAGGUGAGUUUGAGACAGUGGCACUCACUAAGGAGUGCAUUGCAAUCAUUCAAAAUAAGCUCCCUCCAAAACUUAAAGACACAAGCAAUUUUACUAUUCCCUACAUAAUUGGUGAUUUAUUCUUUGCUAAAGUUUUGAGUGAUAUAGGGGCAAACAUUAAUUUGAUGCCAUUGUCCAUCUGCAGCAAGUUGGGUUUAGCAGAGAUCAAGCCCACCAUUAUAACUCUUCAAUUGGCAGAUAGAACUCUUACAUAUCCUAGAGGCAUAGUGGAAGAUAUGCUUGUGAAAGUGGAUAAAUUCAUAUUUCUAGCUGACUUUGUAGUUCUUGACAUGGAGGAAGAUAAAGAGGUUCCUAUUAUCCUUGGAAGACCUUUCUUAUGCGUAGCUAGGGCACUCAUUGAUGUUGAAAAAGGAGAACUUACCUUGCGAGUACAAGAUCAAGAGGUAACAUUUAAUAUCUUUCGUGCUUGA